AUGGGUAGUGCUUGGUGGCAGUGCGCUGCAUGUUUAAGAACACAAGAAGAAGAUAUAUGUGAAUUGCACUUGAAUAAUUGUAAUCUUUAUGAUGUACCACCUGACGUGUUCAUUUAUGAGAGAACAUUGGAAAAACUCUAUCUUGAUGCUAAUAGAAUAAAGGAUCUUCCAAGGCCACUGUUUCAGUGCCAUGAAUUACGAGUACUUUCUCUCAGUGAUAAUGAAGUCACCACGUUACCACCCGCCAUAGCAUCACUAAUUAACUUGGAAUAUUUAGACCUCAGUAAAAAUAGUAUUAAAGAACUACCAGACAGUAUAAAAGAAUGUAAAAAUCUUCGUUCUAUAGAUAUCAGUGUUAACCCAUUUGAACGUUUCCCAGAUGCUAUUACACAUAUUGUUGGUCUAAGAGAAUUGUAUAUAAAUGAUGCAUACAUAGAAUAUCUACCAGCAAAUUUUGGAAGACUUUCAGCUUUGAGAACAUUAGAACUUAGGGAAAAUAACUUGAUGACAUUACCAAAGAGUAUGAGCCGUUUAAUAAAUUUGCAAAGACUUGAUAUUGGUAAUAAUGAUUUCACAGAAUUGCCUGAAGUUGUUGGGGAUCUUAUCAAUCUCACUGAAUUAUGGAUAGAUGGUAAUGAUAUUAGACGCAUACCAUUCAACAUUAAUCAACUAUACCGUUUAAAUCAUUUUGAUUGUACAAUGAAUGCAAUUCAUAUUAUUCCAUCAGAGGUAGAAGGGUGGAGAGACAUUUCAAUUAUGCAUCUUUCAUCAAAUGAAAUCUAUCAGUUACCAGAUUCUUUGUGCUAUCUACGUACAAUUGUGACUCUUAAAGUUGAUGACAAUCAAUUAAACGCACUGCCAAAUGACAUUGGACAGAUGUCAAGCUUAGAGGAGCUUAUAGUUACUAAGAACUUUCUUGAAUAUUUGCCAUCAUCAAUAGGACUUCUGCGAAAAUUACAUUGUUUAAAUGUAGACAAUAAUUACUUGAGAUGCCUUCCACCAGAGAUUGGAAGUUGCACUGCAUUAUCAUUGCUAUCAUUAAGAUCAAAUAAUUUAGCUCGAGUCCCACCUGAAUUGGGACAUCUAUCCUCUUUAAAAGUACUAAAUCUUGUAAACAAUUGUAUCAAAUUUUUGCCUGUUUCUAUGUUGAACUUGAGUAAUUUGAAAGCAUUAUGGCUGAGCGACAAUCAAAGUCAACCAUUAGUGCCAUUACAACAGGAAUUUAAUUGUGAAGAAGAUAUGAUGGUGUUAAGUUGCUUCAUGCUCCCACAAAAACCACGGCAAGAACUUGAGCAAAUAACGCCGGCUGUAGGAUUAAUUUCGAGUUCGAUCGUUGGUACUGGAAAAAGAAUAUGUUUUGCUGCUGAAGUAGAAUCUGAAAUCCCUAGACAACUUCAUCGAGCACCGACUCCUUAUCCUAAAGAGCUGCGCAACCUUGCUAGGCAUGCCCGUAAUUUACAUCAUCAAUCAGCACAUGAUCAAAGAAUGCAUUUAGAACAGGAGACUAUGAUCAAAGAAGCUAUUAUUGCUACAACUACUCUGGACUUCACCUCAAAAUCUGGGACUUGUUUUUCACAAAGUUUAUUUAAUAAGGGUUCACAUUCAUCAUUAUCGCCAACCGAACGUCAUACAGCAAAGGGAUGCAAGAACAAUAGUCCUACGGAUGUUGGAACAGAACAAUCUGUUUCGGAAGAAUCUUCUGAUGAAGCGAACAAGACUGUACUUGCAAAAGAAAAAAGUCCGGAUAUCCGAGAAGCAAAAUAUAUUCGUAAUCCUACGUCUGAGUAUCUUUCCAAGCCUCCAACAGUAGCAGAUUAUGUAAAUUCUACUUGGAAACCAGAUGAAUACUCGAAAGCAAACACAGCAAAAAUUGUUGAAUCAGAGAAAUUUAUAGAGCCUUAUAAGAAUAUGCCUGUUGCCACAAGUAAUAAGAAUACUGAUCAUGUUCAAUUGCCGAAAGUAAAUGAAGUUCCACCUGUCCCACCGCCAUAUCACAUUGCUGCUGCAUUUUCAAAAAAAGCAGCACUUUUUCAACAGUUAAAUCAAUCAGUUCAAUCAGAUUCGUCAACAAUCUCUCCUCCACAAACUGAUUUUAAUAUGUCGAAUUCAAAGACAUCGCAGGAAACGCAAAUACAAAAUUUUGAUGGAGAACCAUUUAAAGUUGAAGAACGUUUAUACAAUGAUAAAUUUCCAUUGAAUAAUACAGAUGCAACAAACGCUUCAAAUAACAAUGAAAAUGUAAAUUCUUUUACUGGUACCGAUCAGUCACAUGCGUUAUCAGAAUCAAUUGACCCAGAGCAAUCCUCAGAAGGAGAUCGAUCAUUAAAGCCAAGUAGAAUUCCCAUUUUAAAGACAAAACAUCUAGAAAGCACAAAUUCUAUUUCAAGCAGUGAUUUAUCGAAUAAAUGUACAAACUCUUCUGUUGAAGACUGUGAAACUUUAAAAUUGUUAAAUGCAUCGUGUAUACCAACAUCUCCGAUAACCGGAAAAAAAUAUCGGAGUCCACUCUCUACGCAAUCCAAAGUUUCAGAUCGAUCAAAAAAAGCAGUAAAUGGAACUAUCUCGAAUAACAAUAUUUCCUGUGAUAAUUUAUCCACGAAUGUGAUAAAUUCAAAUCUGGUUGCAAAUUCAAACGCAGAAGGAAUUUCGAAAACUUUAUCUACCGAACCAUCGUCGAAUAUGAACAGUUCUAUCAACAUGAAAAAUGAAGCUAAUUCUGGUCGAAGUACCCCAAUCUUAGUAAAUAAUAAAUCUCCAAAUGAGGUGACGAAUCCUAACGUUGAUAAGUACAAAGUUGCUGGACCAAAUGAGUUAUUAAAUCCAGAGAGGAAACCCAGAUUUAAAUGGAUGUUCGGGCCGCACAAAAACGCUAAUGUGUUGCCUGUUCAAGUGAAAAAAAAUCCGGGUCUCGGUUUCAGUAUAGCUGGUGGAGUGGCAGGCGCCGAAACUGGAAUCAUUGUGACUAAGGUAAAUCCAGAUGGUCCAGCACAAGGUACACUCCGACCAGGAGAUAAGAUUUUAGAAGUUGAUGGUAUAGACUUCACUAAAUCUGAUCACAAUAAUGCUGUGGCUGUCCUUCGAGCGACCGGACCAGUAGUAUCCAUGAUGAUUAGCCGUCAUCAAUGACACCCAAUUAAAAGAAAUGGUUUUUCUUUUCUUUGUAACUAGUGAUCGGUUUAUGUACAUCCGACUGCA